AUGUCCGGGAUAGCGAUGCUCGGCAAGGCCCCUAGGGCGGGCGCGUCCCUGCUGCUGUCAAGGUGCGCGCGCGCAUCUCUCUCCGCCGGCCACAAAGCCUGCCUGUUGCAGCCGCAGCAAACCAGGUCGCUGUGGCACAGGAUACCGACGACGAUGACGACGACUGCAUGCAACAGUAGCAGCAGGAUCAACAGCUGGCUGAGCGCCAGGCCUAGGGUCGGAGCUGUGCAGACGGCCCUGCGUCAGCUGCAGCAGGCGAGGGGGAUGAAGCUGCGCAGUGCCAUCACGAAGCGGUGCGAGCAUUGCAAGGUCGUUCGGAGGAAGCGUGGAAAGAGGCAUCGAGGCUACCUCUACAUCAUCUGCAGCGCAAACCCGAGGCACAAGCAGCGCCAGAGCUGA